AUGACUCGACUUUUGGGGUCGAAAUCUAUAUUAACGGCUAGGACUUGUCCAAACAUGGUUAAAGACCAUGAUCCUGACGAUCUAAAAUUUAUAAAUGACAAUGAAGUCCCUUUGCACAUUGUGGGAUGGCUUGUUAGUGCGAUUUUUACAUUUCAGGCUUCUAUCAUUACUUUAUACUUAAUAAAGCAACACUGGAAAUAUUAUUAUGAGCCAAGUCAACAAAGAUAUAUAGUCCGACUACUUUUAAUAGUUCCUAUAUAUACGAUCUUGAAUUGGUUAUCAUAUUUUUUCUUUCAUGGUUCUGUAUAUAUUGAUACGUUCCGGGAUGCUUAUCAAGCCUAUGCCAUAACUAGCUUUUUUAAUCUUCUUCUUCAAUGUUUGGGAGAAAAUGAUGAGACUCGCAUGCGAAAAUUAAGUAAUAUAAAGUCUACUAGGUCACCAGCUCCAUUUUGUUGUAUAUAUUUUAAUCCAAGCGAGCAUAAAACACUUCUCAAGCGAUUAAGGAUUGGUAUAUUGCAAUAUGUACUUAUAUUAUAUGCCACCACCUUUAUUGCGUUGAUAUUACAAGCCACAGGAUUUUAUUGCCAGGAAUCAUUUUCUAUAUAUUUCCCUCAAAUUUAUUUAAUAACUGUGCAAACAAUUUCAGGAUUUAUCGCAAAUAUAUGUAUGAAUAUGUUGUUCACACCUGUUCAAAAGAUUCUUGUUAAUGACUACCCUUGGUCCCUAAGAAAUAUAUGUGUAAACACGGCUCUCUUCUUAGUUACAUACCAAGGUCAUGCUCUUGGAUUCCUUGUAUUCUUAGGAUACAUUCGAGAAACAAAAUAUUGGACUGCACACAACAUUUCAACGGGAAUACAAGCAAUCUUGGUUUCUAUUGAACUUGCUAUAAUCUCAUUAAUCCAAAUGAAAGCAUUUCGUUACAAAGAUUACCGUCCGGAUCCUCGUAAACCAACACCAAUUUUAGAAUCCAUGAAAGAUUCAUUGAUUCCUGUUGAUUUAUAUCAUGACUUUAUUUAUGCAAUUCGAUAUAUUUAUAAUCGAGCGUUGAAAAGACCGACAACAUCAGAUAUUUGGCCUAAUGAUAGACCAACUAUCGAACCAACACCUCCAAAACCGACUUUCAUGGAUCGAUUUACGAAUCUAUUUACGAAACCUUUUUAUAAGUCACAAGAAAAUGCACCUAUACAACCACAGAGACCACCAACUCCA